UGGUGUUUUUCUUUCAGGUUGAUGGAAAACUACACCUACAACAGUUUCACUCUGCAGCUGGAGGGGUUAAAUGUCUCAAAGGAUGCAUUCUAUCCAGUGUUUCUCUUACUCUUUUUCUCAUAUUUGUUCAUUCUUAUUGUUAAUAUUGGCAUUGCUCUUCUGGUUUGCUUUGAUAAGAACCUCCAUCAGCCCAUGUACCUGCUUUUCUGUAACCUGCCACUAAGUGAUUUACUUGGAAACUCUAUUCUGAUUCCUCGUAUUCUUGUGGACAUGUUGCGUCCUCCACCUGAACGUCUCAUCAGCUACUAUGAGUGUGUGGUUCAGGCUUUCAUUACACACACCAUCGGUACAACUGCCCACACUGUGCUCAUGAUUAUGGCCUUUGACAGAUAUGUUGCUAUCUGUAAUCCUCUGCAUUAUUCUGCACUAAUGACCAACAAAAUGGUGAUAAAGCUGACAGUUUUUGCCUGGGGGGUGGCCUUUGUUUUGGUGGGGAUUCUGCUUGGUCUGACCAUAAGACUGAGCAGGUGCAGAACAAUGAUCAUGAACCCCUUUUGUGACAAUGUCUCACUGUUUAAACUGUCCUGUGAGAGCGUUUUCAUUAAUAACUUGUAUGGUCUUACUUUUACUGUGGUUCUUUUCAUAGCUUCUAUUGGCAGCAUGGUUCUGACCUACACUAAGAUCACUGUGGUCUGUCUGACCAAUAAGAGUAAGUCUUUGAACAGGAAAGCCUUACAGACCUGCAGCACUCAUCUGGUGGUUUAUAUGAUCAUGGCGUUCAAUGGAUUCUCUAUCAUUACUCUGCAUCGCUUCCCCCAGUUAUCAUACUACAGAAAAAUCUGCUCCAUAAUGUUUCUCAUCAUCCCUGGUAGUCUCAACCCCAUUAUUUAUGGGGUGCAAUCGAAAGAGAUACAAAAAUAUUUUUCUAAAAUAUUCUGCCGUAAAGUUUCACCCUAA